AUGGCAAUGAAUAAUUACACGUCUGUGGUAGAGUUUGUCCUGCAGGGAUUCUCUGGGGAUCCUGGGUUCCAGGCUUUCUUCUUAGCCUUCUUCUUCCUUUUUUAUAUCCUGGCUCUUGCAGGAAACACCCUCAUCAUCAUGGCCAUCAGCCUGAACCCAAGUCUCCACACCCCCAUGUACUUCUUCCUUGCAAACCUGGCCCUGUUGGACAUUGUGUGCACAUCCACAGUUCUUCCCAAGCUGUUGGAGGGUCUGGUGGGUAAGGGCAGCCACAUCUCUUAUAAGGGAUGCAUGACCCAGCUUUUCUUCCUAACCUGGUUUCUGGGGGCUGAGCUGCUGCUGCUCACUGCCAUGGCCUAUGACCGCUAUGUGGCCAUCUGCCGCCCACUGCACUACAGCAUGCUGAUGAGUCGACCCAUCUGUGUCCUACUCGCAGGCAGUGUGUGGCUCAUCAGUGCAGUCAGCACGUCUGUGCACACUGGCCUAAUGGCGCAGCUCGAUUUCUGUGGCCCCAACAAAAUUCGUCACUUCUUAUGUGAAAUCCCAACACUGCUGCUGCUGUCUUGCAGCCCAACUACACUCAACAACAUCAUGAUUGUCAUUGCAGAUGUUUAUUUUGGUGUGGUCAACUUCCUAUUGACCAUGGUAUCCUACAGUUUCAUCAUUGCCAGCAUCCUGCGCAUCCGCUCUGCUGAGGGCAAGAGGCGUGCCUUCUCCACCUGCUCUGCCCACCUGGUGGUGGUCACCCUGUAUUACUCCACUGUCAUCUAUACCUAUGUGCAGCCUGGCUCCGGGUCCUCCUUGGAAAAUGGCAAGGUGGUUGCCUUAUUGUACACAGCAGUCAGUCCUAUCCUGAACCCCCUCAUUUACUCUCUGAGGAAUAAAGAUGUCAAAGUGGCUCUCAGGAAGGUGUUUCCAUGUGUCUGUUGA